AAUAAUUUAAAAAGAAAAAGAAAAGAAAAGGUCCUCGCGGUCGUGUCCCCUUCCUCUCCUCGUCGAAACCCUAGGCUCGCCGCCGGCGACGCGCGCCUCGCCGGUGCGCUCCACCUGAGCGCGCCGUUCGCUCUCCCGGAUCGCGCCACCGCCGUCGAGGCCCGGCCUAGGCGACCUACCGCAUCGGCCCGGGGCGGGAUCCAGAUCGCCACCAUGUCCAAGGCCAGGGUAUACACCGACGUCAACGUGCUGCGCCCCAAGGAGUACUGGGACUACGAGGCCCUCACCGUCCAAUGGGGUGAGCAGGAUGAUUAUGAAGUUGUCAGGAAAGUUGGGAGAGGCAAAUACAGCGAAGUCUUUGAGGGCAUUAAUGUCAACAACAAUGAGAAAUGCAUAAUUAAGAUCCUCAAGCCUGUGAAGAAAAAAAAGAUCAAAAGAGAGAUCAAAAUACUUCAGAAUCUUUGUGGAGGUCCAAAUAUUGUGAAGCUGCUUGACAUUGUUAGAGAUCAGCAUUCAAAAACACCCAGCUUGAUAUUUGAAUAUGUCAACAAUACGGAUUUCAAAGUGCUAUACCCAACAUUGACAGAUUAUGACAUCCGUUAUUACAUCUAUGAGCUACUAAAGGCUUUAGAUUACUGCCAUUCACAAGGAAUCAUGCACCGAGAUGUUAAGCCUCACAAUGUUAUGAUAGAUCAUGAGCUUCGAAAACUCCGAUUAAUAGACUGGGGUCUUGCUGAAUUCUACCACCCUGGCAAGGAGUACAAUGUCCGUGUUGCUUCAAGGUACUUCAAGGGACCUGAGCUUCUUGUUGAUUUGCAAGACUAUGACUACUCCUUGGACAUGUGGAGUCUUGGUUGCAUGUUUGCUGGAAUGAUCUUUCGCAAGGAGCCAUUUUUCUAUGGUCAUGACAACCAUGAUCAACUUGUUAAGAUCGCAAAGGUACUUGGAACAGACAGUCUGAAUUCAUACUUGAACAAGUACCGCAUUGAGCUUGACCCUCAGCUUGAAGCUCUCGUUGGAAGGCACAGCAGGAAACCUUGGUCAAAGUUUAUUAAUGCUGACAACCAACAUCUAGUAUCUCCAGAGGCCAUUGAUUUCCUUGACAAGCUUCUGCGCUAUGAUCACCAGGAUAGACUUACUGCACGAGAAGCUAUGGCACACCCAUACUUCCUCCAAGUGAGGGCUGCGGAGAACAGUAGGCCUCGUGCAUAAUAGGCGAGAGCAGGGCAGACAGCUGACUUUCGAAUAGCAGCCCUCGAUGGAGGAACUGCACGCUUGCACCGUAUUAGUGACUUCAGUCCAGUCGCUUGUAUUGAGAGUUUGAGACUUGAUAAUGGCCGAAUCACCUGGCAAAGAAUUCUGGGAGAGCAUUUAGCAUGUGUGCUUGAAACUCUUGGUAAUGGUUGCUGAAUCACCUGGGAGAGUAUGUAAGCAUGUGUGCUUAACUGCUAAGGGAGGAUUGUGAUUUACUCGUGUUGUUUGUAUCCUGGCUUCUGACGUUUAACGAUUGACGGUUGAUUGCAAUACAUUAUUCAUGUAACGCGGUUA